AUGCUCUAUGAUAUGGAGUCCCAUAGCAGGGGAAGGGGCAUUGGACUUGCUUUGGAGGGAAAGAAGAAGCAAAGGGUCGCAUAUGUCCCAGGUUGCAUGACACUAUUGUGUCUUUGGUACUACGAGAUGACAGGCAUAAAGAAAUAUGCCCUCUUAGACACCUCCAGACCUCCAAUGACAAAUUGGGCAUUAGGGGAGGAGAGAAUCGCAUCUAUGAGGAUGCCGACAAUUAUUUCAAAGGCUAAGUCAGCGUCAAUAACAUUUGUCCAUAGGCCUAUUGCGGAGGUCGCUUCUCCUGGUCAUGUUCAUUCACUUCCCGCUGAACAGAGGGAUGAAGUUCUUCAGCAAAAGCGUCAGGCAAAGAGGAAGACUUUGCAGGAAGAAACUACUAAGAACUUCUCAAUAGGUUACAUCAUGGCAAAGCAUAUUGACGUUGCUUUUGACGAUGAAGAGGAGAUCAAUGUUCUUCCCAUUGAGCAGCAACUCACAUUUUGGAGAAAUUCUGCUAAAUUUCUCAAGCGACUUCUUGAUGCUACAAAGCAGACCAAGAGCAAUUAUUGUAAAGAAUUCAUGAUUGAUAUCAACAGGCUUAACAGGAUAAUUGAAAAAUGUGGAAGACAUGAUGAGGUUAUAGACCCGGUGGUGCUUAAGUCAAAUAUCAAACAGAAAAUUGCAAAUGAAAUUAGGAAGAAGCGACUGGAAGCUCAAGAGGAACAGAAGUCCAAAACAAGCAGUGUAUAUAACAAAGAGCCCACCAUGCAAGAACAUGUACAUAAGAUUGUUGAAGAGUGA